AAAUCUGUGGGUGUGUUUUGCUUUAGCCAGCGGUAGCAACACUCCAAACACAGUCAAAGCAAUGGCGUCGCAAUCCAACGAUCCCCGGCUACCGUCGGCCGCGCGGCCGUACAAGGCACCUGUCAUCGCUGCGCAGGAUCUUCCCAUCGACUACUCCGGCUUCAUCGCCGUUAUAUUCGGCGUCUUUGGCGCUAUGUUCCGGUACAAGCUUUGUUCGUGGCUCGCGAUCAUAUUCUGCGCUCAGUCGCUUGCUAAUAUGAGGAAUAUCGAGAACGAUCUGAAGCAGAUCUCCAUGGCUAUGAUGUUCGGUAUCAUGGGGCUGGUGACGAAUUACUUGGGGGUGGGGCCUCGUCCGAACCCUAAAAGUUCGUAGUAUCUUGGAUGCUGAAGCUUUCCUUGUUGGCUGUUCUUGCUCCAUCCAAAUGAUGGUUCAUUUAGCACAUUCCAUCAGCUUGACUACUAUUAUUGCCUCUUUUAGUUUUGUUACAUGUUGAUAGAUAAUUGGAGAAUAUGUUCAGCAUUACUAUGACUCCAACGAAUAUUUUCACGACUGGUAGCAUGAAAACUCAAUCUUAAAUGCCAUGUUUUUUCCGCAUGAAUUGAA